AUGAAAGAGGGCAGCAGCCAAAGGUGCUCAGUGGGAACUCUGGCCAGAAACCAGCUGUCAUUUGGGAAAUUCCUCUUUCUGCUGAGCUCCAGCUGGCUGAACGAGACUCAAAAACAUCAGGAAAAUGUAAUUAGCAUAUCAUUUACUGUGCCUCUCGCUCCUGCUCAGAUUGCUGCUCAGAAGAGGAACUUGAAGAACUACCACUACAUCCUUGCCAAUCUGGGCUUCUUGGACCUGAACGUCACAGAAUUUCAGAAGCUCGGACCGAACGUGACCGGCUUCCAACUGGUGAAUCGGUCGGAUCCAGCUGUGCAGAAGAUCAAUCAGAACUGGCUGGACUUCGACAACAAAGACCUCAAAGUGGCUCGCAGGAGGCUCAAGUACACAGGAGCUCUGACCUAUGAUGGUGUCAGCGUCAUGGCAACGGCAUUCCAGAAUCUGCGGAGGCAACGGAUUGACAUCUCUCGCCGGGGCAACGCAGGGGAGUGCCUGGCCAACCCGCCCGCUCCGUGGGGACAGGGCAUCGAUAUCCAGAGAGCCCUGCAGCAGGUUCGUCUGGAGGGGCUGACGGGUCACGUCCAGUUCGAUGAGCGCGGACAUCGAACCAACUACACUCUGACUGUGAUGGAGCUCAGCCACAUCGGACCCAGGAAGAUCGGCUUCUGGAACGAGAAGAGAGGCUAUGUGAACACUGCCAUCUACAGGCCGAUGCAGGAGGAGUUUUACAAUGUGCAGAACAAAACCUACAUCGUCACUACCAUCCUGGAAGCUCCCUACAUGAUGCUAAAGAAGAACCACGAGCAGUUUUGGGGAAACGAUAAAUAUGAAGGUUACUGUGCCGAGCUCGCCGCGGAGAUCGCCAAACACGUCGGCUUCACGUACCGCCUUGAGCUCGUAGGUGACGGCAAGUACGGUGCCAGAGACGCUGAAACAAAGAUGUGGAACGGCAUGGUGGGAGAGCUGGUGUAUGGGGGCGUCUUCUCUUUCCUCGACCCGCUGGCCUACGAGAUCUGGAUGUGCAUCGUCUUUGCCUACAUCGGGGUCAGCGUGGUGCUCUUCCUGGUGAGUCGGUUCAGUCCUUACGAAUGGAACGGUGAGGAGUCUGAUGAUGAAGAUGAAACUGCUCCCUCUUCUUCUCGAAGAGCUCAGGCCUCUUCAUCCGCAGAACAUACCCACUCUCCAGGGUUCUCACAGGCUCAGGGGCAGCAGAAGGAAAAGGAGACCCCAGAAUACACCAAUGACUUUGGCAUCUUUAAUUCUCUGUGGUUCUCACUCGGAGCGUUCAUGCAGCAGGGCUGUGACAUCUCUCCCAGGUAA